UUGGCCAUCUUGGUUGUAUCAGGUAGGCGUGUUUUUUUGUGUGCACGCACGCACACGUGUCUGGGGCCCAGGUAGGGGGCCAAUGAGCUCUCAGUGCCCAGGGGCCCUUGGAAGUACAGCCGUGCUGAUUCUGGGUUUUGUUCAGCAACCCACCUGCUGAGUUAGUGCUUUACAACCGUGUCCUUCCCCUCCUUUACCAGCUGUUUCAUUAUUCUUCCAACUGUCCCAUUUUUGACGACUUGAAUUGUACUGUAAUACAAGUGUUAACAACUAGGGGGCAAUGUUUAAUCACUUUCUGUUAGCUCUUUCACAACAUAAACAACAUAAUUACACCUGAGGGACCAUGGCAAGCUCUCAUCCUACUGUGGUUGUCACAGAGACCAUGAGCAACACAAUUAAGACUACCAGUUGCCCUGGUCCUAAGGUAACACUGUUUAUCUGUGAUCAAGACACAUUUCCUGCCCUUCUACAUUCAAGCAGAACUCGACAAAAGUACACCACAAUGAGCAACUGUGAUCCGUCCUCCAAUGGCUUUGUGGUCGUUACCCAUGUGUAUCCACAACAAAGUGCCCAAAGUGAUGUUUUACCCCAGACUGGAGCUGUGCCAACAGCCUCAUCUCCGAUUGGGAAAUUCCUUAAAGGAGAACCAGCAGUCCUGGGAACGGUCCAGAUAAUGACUGGCAUUGUUGUAUUCUUGUUUGGCAUUGUGACUGCAUUUCAAUCAUCAACAGUGUCCUCUUUCUCUGGUAUCAUGCUCUGGGGAUCAAUUAAUUACAUUAUAGCAGGCUCUCUUACUGUUGAAGCCAAUAAGAGGCUCUGUCAGUGUUUGCUCAAGGCAUCACUGGUGGUGAAUGUCAUAAGCACCAUAACUGCUGGAAUCUCCAUAAUUUUACAUAGCUUUGAUUUCAUUGUCCUAACAGACUUUCAUCACAGUUGCCGUUAUGAAGGCCAUGACACUUAUGAUUGUUGGAGGAGUAGGGCAUUGUUCUUGACCAGGGCAAGGGGGAUUGCUGGAGUCAUGAUAGUUUUGUCAGUGCUGGAGUUCAUUGUUUCCAUAUGCGUAUCUGCAUUUGUCUGCAAAGCCACCUGCUCCUCAAAUACUCAGGUGGUCGUUUCAAGCCAGGUGCCCCCACCUUUUCUCAUCUCCUGCGCAUCUGCUCCUCCAUUGAACACCUGUGAGAUGCCUCUCUUCCUGCCUAGUCUGGGUUCCCCUUUUCAUCACAGCCGUGUUGAUGGUCCGAGGGAUGGCAAACCUGAAGAUCUGCCCCCAGUGUACACCGCUACCUAAGGAUGAGUCAGGUGCCUUCGUGUAAUAAUAAUGAUAACUUAGAUUUGUUUAUCGCCUUUCAAGAUAUCCAAGGUCGCUUAACAAAAACAAAAAAGGAGGGGAAGGCCUCAGUGAAUAGGUGUGAUUUUAGGAGUCUUUUGAAUGUGCCUAUAGGGGGCACUGCGUACAUUCAGAGGCAGAUUGUUCCAUAGACUGGGAGCAGCAGCACAGCAGUAGCAGGGGAGACCAGCAUCUGGUGCCCUUUCAAGUCAAAUCAUAUGUGUUCUUAGUGAGCAAGGGUGAAUAAGUAAAGUGAAAUAAACCCCUGAAGUCAACUAGCGUGUUCUGAGUCACUUCUUUGAAUCGCAUCUCAAUUGAAUGCAAAAUGAGAGAAGAUGUUAUCAUCAUCCAGUACUUCUGUUUUAUAUAGGUCAGAACCAUUAAGGCUUUAUUGAACUGACUAUAAUAGAUAAUGUUUCCCUGUUGUUGUCUAAUGAAUUGCCAUCAUUAAUAGCCUAGUGGUGUGUAUCAUUGCAAUCUCAGUUAUCAGCAAUGUGUGUCUGUUAUGUGUUUACA